CUUUUGCUUAGUUAAAAAAAUAGGAAAAAGAGAGGCCCAAAUAGCAUGCUCGUCUACGGCCGGGUGCCUCUGGCGCUACUGGCGGGCGUCCACAAGACGCGAUGGCCGCGAUGCGCCUGAGUAUGCAGAGCUGAGCGGCGACCGAGCGACUUCAUUGACUGGGGAGAAUAAUGAUGUCGAGCAGGAGCCCGCUCGAUCGUUUCUGCCGUGCCGGCACGGCUGUGGCCACAUGCUGGUAUUUUUUCGUCGCCCGCCCUGGUUUCGUAGUUGCUGACUUCGUUUCCCCCGUAGGCGUACCGGGUCGACCACAUGGCCAGCACCACGGCAGGCUCCGGCGCCCGGACGCUGCUGAAGCUGAGAAAGGUGCGGCGGAGAACAAGAGUGCCAAGGAUCCGUGGGCAAUGCCUUACAACCACAUCGCUAAGGACCCCAAAACGCAGAAGUUCCGGUUUGCAUGGAAGGACAAAAGUCCCAAUUAUGACCGUACGCGAACCGGCACCACGACGACCGAAAAUAAGGCAGAAAGCGACAACAUCAAGGAUUUCAACCGCCAAGGGAAAGAAACCACCAGACAGCAAGCAUCCUUUCUGCAGAAGGCCCAGCGCGCUGGAGUGCAGCUGAAAGCUGAGACGAAAACACGCACCACCAGCAGCCUUUUUCCGAUCAAGCUAAACUUUGAUGUGGAGCAGCUCCCGAGCUCCCUGUUGAUGGUUUGGGACGCCGAUGAGGCCUCGCUCCGGUUGGACGUGUCGGGGCGGGGCGGUCGCGGUAUUGCGGAAGCGACUUUCACUGACAGCAUCGAGUACCAGGGCUGGGCGCACUUUAACGUCUCCACCAACGCGGACAUGCCCGGCGUGGAUGAGGACGUGAAGAUGUACAGUGCCGGCUACAUCGAGGGACUGCUCACGUCCGUGCGGAUCUCCGAAUUCUACGCGAACCACCACAAGCUGCUCCUCGAGUCAGAGAAAGCCAACCACGCGCUGUUGAACAUCAAAACAGUGCUGCAGAAUGAAAUUGCCGCGGUGCGGGAGCAGAGCGUGUUCGAAGACCACGUGCUGCCCGAGGAGCCGCCGGACGCCUAUAGCCGGCAAAUCCGCUACAUGCUGUUCCAGCUGUGGGGCAUGCUGGACGGCUACAACCACAUGGCCACGCACUACUACAUCCACAAAUUAAACAUGGUGGACCUACUCUUGCUGAAUUCGUUAGCGGAGCUGCAGCAAAUGAUGAAAGCCUACAGCCCGCGCGCCAUCCUGGACCGCACGGAGGCCAUCGGGGCUGGAGCGCUCGUGUUUCUGCAAAAGGAAAAGAAGGAACAAGCCAAACAAAGAACACGAACAGGGGCACAAUCCUCGGUAGGAAAUAAAGAACCUCAUCAAGAAAUGGAAGUACAGCCUGGAAAUAAAGCUACUGAAAAAGUUGCACCCGUGGUUCAACAAGAAGGACAGCGGGAGGACCUCCUGGACGAUGCGCACUGGGAGCGUCGCCUGGCCGAGGACGGGCACUGCACGGCGUACGUGCGGAUUACGGACACAGAUAUGCUGGUCGGACACGCCACCUGGGGAGACUACGCGCAGAUGCUUCGCGUGUACAAGUACUACGAUUUCGCGCUGCCCGGGGGCGACACCUCCGCGAGGAAGAUCGCCAUGAGCUCCUACCCCGGCUUGAUUUCCUCCGGGGACGAUCACUAUUUGACAGAUACGGGGUUGGUGAUUAUGGACACGAGUUUGGAGGUCCUCGACUCCACGCUGUACGACAAGGUGGACGACAAGCCCACCGUGCCGGGCUUCAUGCACCUGAUGGCCGUGAACCGACUGGCGCGCACGGGCGCCGACUGGGCGAGUCGCUACCAGACGCGGAACGCCGGCACGCGAAAUGCGCAGUGGCUGGUCGUGAGCUACCAGCAGUACAGCCCGGGCCAGUCGCCGCUGGCGCCGGGCACACUGUGGAUGGUCGAAACGGUCCCCGGUGCAACCGAGGCGCAUGACGUGUCGGCGACCCUGUCCGAGAAGAAGUUCAUCGGCUCGGUCAACCGCCCGGUGUUCGCGCAGAUGCGGGAAAAAACGGGCUUUGCCGCAGCGGAAAAGUCGCACGGGGACCUGUAUUCGGCGACAAAUGCGCCGCGGAUGAAGAUUCUGACGGCCGCGGCACCCGGGUCACUGCUCGACAUGCGGGGACUUCUAGUGGAGAACAAGUGGGGUGCCUGGCCGGGACCCACGUCGCCCGGUCACGACGUGGCCGCACGGAUGGAUCUGGCAAGGCAAAACCCUAUUCCCAACGGCGCCAUCGACGCGAAGCUGGUCAACCACUGCCUCGCACGCGUCAUGAGCGUGCAGGCCAAGUCCGGGCCGACCACCGCCGGCCAGCCGCCCUUUCGCUGGCAGCGCAAAGACGGGUCCGAGGUUUUUCCGGGGGUGGCGCACUACGGGCUCCCCAACGUCUGGGCCUUCCCCUGGAUGCAGGUUACUAGCGCCGGGCUCGACGUUUAUCCUUUGCCUGCUGAAGUUCGGAGUCAGCUCACGUCUUGCACUUGCAGUGCCUAUUUUGUAUGCAUGUGCGUAGUUUUUUUUUUGUCGUGAUAAAUAUCCAGUUCCUCUGUGCUGUACCGCGUCGGCCUGCUUGAGUUGACGGACUCCGAGCUUUUGCAUGGAUGCGCUGGGUCUUACCGAUAUUGACGACUGUCCAGAUUCGGCGUUCGCGCAAUCCUAGGAGUACAGUUUCAUUUUCUUUUCGAACAUACAGUUGUUUUUU